GGUUCUUUCUCAAAUCCUAUUUUUUUAAAAUCUUCUUUAAAUAUAUUGUAUGUUUGAUAAUAUUCCAACCAGGUUGAAAAAUAAUUCCUCACUUCUUCAUAUUUUUUAAUUCUUAUUUGCCCGUCAACUUCCGUCAAUAAGUUAUUAUAUGUUGUCCAACACCCUUUCACAUUCUUUUUUUUAACCAUGAUUGCUUCAAGUAUACGAUAGCUGUGCUCCCCUGCUAGAACCUCCAAACAAGCUCAGGGAUAUCUUAAAUAUCAACCACCACAAUCACCCACAGAAGGAGAGAGAGUGAGAUUCAAGGGAAAUUUCAUAUUAGUCAUAAAGAAGUUCCCCGCCUCUGUUUGCAUAUAAGGCUUAAAAUGAUCUCUUAAUGCUAUUUAAUAGCUGUCCCUGGGAAUUCACAGUCUCUGGCUUCAGUGUUGAAUUUCUUUGUGGUUUGCACAUGGAGGAACAAGUGGAGAUGGAGGCCAGAAAACUGGAAGAAGCACCUGCUGAGGAGUGCGAGGAGGACAGGAAAAGAAGCAGACAAAUCUGGAUGCCCCUUGGGACCAUGGCUGUACAGCUGGUGGUCUUGCUUGCCUGCCUGAUCUGCAUUGGCUUGUGCUACCUUAGGAGUCCAGACCCACAGGCACAAUGGAUCUACAUCAAGUAUGACUCCAUUGCCUAUAAGAAACCCAUUGGUAUUAAAAAGAGGGAUGGCACAAUGGAAAUAAAUGUUCUGAACCGUUCCAUCCCAAUCCACUGCGAUGGUCUCUACCUGGUCUUUCUGGAGGGAACCGUCGCCCUGCCCAGGGCUCCGCACCGACUGAUCCUCAGGGUCUACUGUCAGCCCCAAGUGCCCCUGCUGGAGGUAAAUUGCAGUGAGGAGAAUACAAAGGUGAAGGAAAUCUUGGUGCAUGAAUUUCGUUCCAAAGAGGCAGUCUACUUGGAGGCACACCCUCACGAUACUGAAAAUAAUGAAGCACUCACGCUGGAUCUGAAUCUGAACCUCAUCAUGUUAACUCCUCGUUCAUAUUGCCAUCCUGAAAAUUAAUAAAACGACCAGUGAACUCACCUCCAGCUGUUUGGGCAAUUGUGUACAGACCUCAAAUUAAGCAUAUCCAUAAUUGACUCCCACUUGAUGUAUUUGAGAAUAAUUGUUCCCAGGUCUAAUUAAUGUUGGUUAGCCAAUGGCAUAAAAAUUUAA